ACUCACUCCCUUUUUGGCUUCUGCCCUCGGUCAAAAUGGCGCUUGCUCGGAAGCUGCCGAGGCUCUAAGGAGUUGCCGAAGCAGAUCCGGAAGCUCCCGAGCGAAUCCGGAAGUUGCCGAAAGAGAGCAGAGGGGAAGGAGGAUGGCGGAUUUCAUCGCAAGACUUCGAGAGGACGGGAUCCAAAAGCAGGUGAUACAGGAAGGCCGAGGAGAGCUCCCCGACUUUCAGGAUGGAACCAAGGCCACCUUCCACUAUCGGACUCUGCGAGGUGAUGGUGAAGGCACCACACUGGAUGACAGCCGGAUGCGUGGCAAGCCGAUGGAGCUCAUCAUCGGCAAGAAGUUCAAGUUGCCUGUGUGGGAGACCAUCGUGUGCACUAUGCGGGAGGGAGAGAUUGCCCAGUUCCUCUGUGACGUCAAGCAUGUGGUCCUGUACCCACUGGUAGCUAAGAGCCUCCGCAACAUCGCUGAGGGCAAGGACCCCCUGGAGGGCCAGAGGCACUGCUGUGGCAUUGCUCAGAUGCACGAGCACAAUUCCCUGGGCCACGCAGACCUGGACGCCCUGCAGCAGAGCCCUCAGCCUCUCAUCUUCCACAUCGAGAUGCUGAAGGUGGAGAGUCCUGGCACUUAUCAGCAGGACCCAUGGGCAAUGACAGAUGAGGAGAAGGCAAAGGCGGUGCCACUUAUCCACCAGGAGGGCAACCGGCUAUACCGUGAGGGGCAGGUAAAGGAGGCCGCUGCCAAGUACUACGAUGCCAUUGCCUGUCUCAAGAACCUGCAGAUGAAGGAGCAGCCUGGGUCGCCUGACUGGAUCCAGCUGGACCUGCAGAUCACACCACUGCUGCUCAAUUACUGCCAGUGCAAGCUGGUGGCCGAGGAGUACUAUGAGGUGCUGGACCACUGCUCCUCCAUACUCAACAAGUAUGAUGACAAUGUCAAGGCUUACUUCAAGAGGGGCAAGGCCCAUGCAGCUGUGUGGAACGCCCAAGAAGCCCAGGCUGACUUUGCCAAAGUGAUGGAGUUAGACCCUGCCCUGGCACCUGUGGUGACCCGAGAGUUACGGGCCCUGGAGAUGCGGCUCCGGCUGAAGGAUGAGGAGGACAAGGCCCGCUUCCGGGGCAUCUUCUCGCACUGAUGGGGUCCUGGGUCCUGCCCUACCCUGCCAAACCCACUGCUGCCACAGCCUGUCCACCUCCAACUGCCACUUCAUGCUUCUGUGUAUAUAUAAAGGCCUUAUUUAUCUCUC